AUGCCUUCUGUGCAUCUGUUGGACUAUGUUGCGGGGAAUGUGAGGUCCUUGGUGAACGCAAUCAACAAGGUCGGCUACGACGUGGAAUGGAUCAAGUCACCAGAAGAAGUCCGCAAUGCAGAGACCUUGAUCCUGCCAGGGGUGGGGCAUUUUGGACAUUGCCUCUCGCAGCUUUCAUCUGGCGGCUUUCUAGAACCCAUCAAGGAGCACAUCCAGUCGGGGAAGCGUUUCAUGGGGAUCUGUGUUGGUCUUCAGGCGCUGUUUGAAGGAUCAGAAGAAGACCCCCAGAUUUCUGGUUUGGGCUUGAUUCCCUCUCGGCUGCGCAAAUUUGACGACACGGUUAAAAGCGUACCGCAUAUUGGAUGGAACUCAGCGAUAGGCAGCCAAUUUGAGGGCUCUGCAGCGUCCAACUUUUACGGAUUGCGCGAAGAAAGCAAGUACUACUAUGUUCAUUCAUACGCCGCACCUUACGAAGCCGGCGUUUUGGAGAAGCAGGGCUGGUCAGUCGCCACGGCUCACUACGGAGAAGAAGAAUUUAUUGGUGCCAUAGCGCGUGGAAAUGUUUUUGCAACACAGUUUCAUCCAGAGAAGAGUGGACAAGCUGGGUUGCGCACUAUUCGCGCAUUUUUGGAUGGACAGCUUGUCGAGAAACAGGAGAGCUCGGUGGCCCCCAAUGACCGGAAAGAUGGAUUGACUCGGAGAGUUAUUGCUUGUCUUGACGUCCGCACUAACGAUGAAGGCGACUUGGUUGUCACAAAGGGAGACCAGUACGAUGUGCGAGAAAAAGGCGGAGUUUCUGCUGGGGGGCAAGUGAGGAACUUAGGGAAGCCUGUCGAUAUGGCUAGGAAGUAUUACGAGCAGGGAGCAGACGAGAUCACGUUUCUAAACAUAACGUCUUUCCGCAAUUGUCCUGUUCAGGACUUGCCUAUGCUGGAGAUUCUACGACGCACAUCGGAAACAGUCUUUGUGCCUUUGACAAUUGGAGGAGGCAUACGAGAGAUGACGGAUACCGAUGGCACAAAGAUCUCGGCAUUGGAUGUUGCGAAAAUGUAUUUCCAGUCGGGUGCAGACAAAGUCAGUAUAGGGUCUGAUGCCGUUAUUGCCGCAGAGGAAUAUUUCCAAAGCGGAAAGAAGCUGUCAGGCACUACAGCAAUAGAGCAGAUCUCCAAGGCGUAUGGGAACCAAGCCGUUGUUGUCAGCGUCGACCCUAAACGCGUUUAUGUUAGUGGUCCUGAAGCCACAAGCCACCACACCAUCAAAACUGCGUUCCCAGACCCCAACGGACAAGACACAUGCUGGUAUCAAUGCACUAUCAAGGGCGGCAGAGAGAUGCGCGACAUUGAUGUUCGACAACUCGCACAAGCGGUGGAGGCCAUGGGAGCAGGCGAGAUUCUCCUGAACUGCAUCGACAAGGAUGGAAGCAACAGCGGCUUCGACCUGGAGCUGAUACAGGAUGUUAAAGAUGCCGUCAAAAUCCCAGUAAUUGCUUCCAGCGGAGCCGGAAACCCGUCACAUUUUGCGGAUGUCUUCGCAAAGACAACCACAGAUGCAGCACUAGGAGCUGGCAUGUUCCAUCGCGGCGAGUUUACUGUAGAAGAUGUGAAGAAUUAUUUGGUGGACAAUGGAUUUUUGGUUCGGAAGUAUGAAACAGAGUAA